CGGCGGUCAGUCGGUGCGUGGCGUGCUUACACUAUCGGCCCGUGAUCGGAAGACCACGGAAACCGUUUUAACAUUUCCAACAACCCUCGAGAGUGUGGAUUAAAAUUACGCAGGUGCUGUGCGACAGGUGCAUCUUGAAUAUAAUUUCGUGGUUGUUGUGAUUGUGAAAAUGCACAUUUGAAUAAAAUAGAAAUAUGAUAACCGCGAACGCGAACCCGGUUAGUACCCCGGCAUUCCGCCGGGAUACCAACUCGGCGAAUGUCCUCAUGUGCAAGCAAUGGUGGAAAGUCUGUUGGAUGUACGGUGAUCAGGAAAAAUACUAUCGCCAACUCUAUGGUAAACGUGCCGCGCUGAGGAGUAAGACCUCUGCUCUCGACAGUGGUUUCAACACCUCGUCAUCAAACGAAGGUUCUUCUACGACGCGUAAACCUUUCUAUGAGAAUUUCCCGCAACCGAAUUCGACACAGUCGAAUUUAUACAGUGCUAAUUUUCAAUCGGCGUCAUUUUUCACUCCGAUUAAAAAUGCGAGGAAUUUUGAUUCGUGCACAAACACGCGCAGUGCUGGUAAUAGUGUGGGGUCCGGAUCACCUCAAAAUAUUGUUGACUCUGAUGAUAUCGGGCAUCAUUCGCUGCCGGUCACCUUGCAAAUGUUGGAUAUACGCCAUCGAAGUGGUCCGGAUAAUCGCGACAAUGAACAAGUGAGCCGAACGUUCGCGUGGCCGGAGAGUGACAUGUCUGCCAACGAUGGAGGCGUACAGCCGCCGUCCAUCUCACCGCCGGCAUUACCAUCGCCUGGGGGUAAACUACCAUCGCUGGAGCCGGCGGAUCGACUGCUCGGCAAAGGUUCACCUUUUGCGCAGUCAAAUGAUCCACAACGGCAUUCGCAGUCGGAUGAUGAUUCCGGCUGCGCAUUGGAGGAAUACACGUGGGUACCUCCCGGAUUAAGACCUGAUCAGGUGCAUUUAUACUUUUCGGCGUUGCCGGAAGAGAAGGUACCCUACGUGAAUAGCGUUGGGGAGCGUUAUCGCGUGCGGCAGCUUUUGCAACAGUUGCCGCCCCAUGACAACGAGGUGCGGUACUGCCACGCUCUCAGUGAUGAGGAACGCAAAGAAUUGCGAUUAUUUUCGGCGCAGAGGAAACGUGAGGCGCUGGGACGUGGUACGGUCCGACAACUUCAAACUCCUAUGGCUUGUGAUGCAUGUGAGGAAUCAUUGUCUACCGGAGAUAUUUGCGUGUUUGCUUCACGAUGCGGUCCAAAUGUUUGCUGGCAUCCUGGAUGUUUCUGUUGCUGUGUAUGUCGAGAACUUCUGGUUGAUCUUAUCUACUUCUACAAGGAGGGACGACUUUACUGCGGCCGCCAUCAUGCCGAAACAAUCAAACCGCGAUGUUCUGCUUGUGAUGAGAUUAUUCUUGCCGAUGAAUGCACUGAAGCAGAAGGACGUGCCUGGCAUAUGAAACACUUUGCUUGUUCCGAAUGCGAGCGUCAAUUGGGUGGCCAGCGUUAUAUUAUGCGUGAUGGCCGCCCUUAUUGUCUCCACUGCUUUGACGCCAUGUUUGCUGAGUACUGUGACUCUUGCGGCGAGCCAAUUGGUGUCGAUCAGGGACAGAUGAGCCACGAAGGUCAACAUUGGCAUGCAACUGAAUGUUGCUUUUGUUGUCACACGUGCCGCACAUCACUUCUCGGGAGGCCAUUUUUGCCGCGACGUGGCGCUAUCUAUUGUUCGAUAGCAUGCAGCAAAGGGGAACCGCCGACGCCAUCAGACAGUUCAGGACCCAAUUCGCGCGUUCCACGACAACCAUUCAAAAGCAAGACACCACGCGCGCCUAGUCCUAAUGGAUCAAGUUCACCACCACCUUCGCCAAGUAGGAGACAUCCUGGAUCUCCCGCCAUGUCUUCGCCAUCUUCGCCGCCAAGUAUGCUGCAUGGGCAGUACUCGAAGCAGAAUAGCCUGCCACGUUCACCGAAAAUGGGCAGACGUGCAUUGCAACGUUCACCAAAGACUGUACCCGAAACACCGGAGGAAGCGCCUUCAAGUCCCAAGGGCUUGGACAGGGUUUUAUUAGAAAGAAAUUUAGAACGCCUAAUAUCUGAAAGAGGCCCUACUCCUGACCUGGAAAAGUUAUUACAUGCUAGGGACAGGAGUAGAGAACCACUGCAUCUUGCUGAUUUGAGCUUGGAUGAUUGGCAACCGACAAUGCUUACAGAUAAUACAAACGAGAGUAAAACGAAAGACGAAAGCAAUACAAAUACUAAUUCUUCAGAAACGAAUGCAAAUAACGAAAAUGAAAAUGAGAGCGUUAACGACAGCGAAACUCAUGAACGUCACGCAUCUUCCAUGCCAGAGUUGCCUACCGCUGCGGCAACUACUUCCAGUGCAACCACUUCCACUGCUAACACCCCUAGCUCUCCUUCAAAGCGCAGCAAAGCUUUGCUGAGUGUACGCUUUCAGGGGGAUAACGAAGGUUUUGAAAUCGACGAGGCAGACACCGCAUCAGUGGAGGCGAAGAAAUUCCCCCGCAGUCGUUCAUACGCGGGUCGAUCCAAGCAUUGCGACACCCUCGACCGCCACUCGCAACACCGCCCCCGCAAGACCAAUUCGGAAAGUCAAAUGACGGCGAGUACAAGUCGCGCAAGUCGUGAAAGUCGUGACCACGACGACGACUACUGCUCAACAUGUUCCUCAAGUUCGUCCAGCGACGACCUAGAUUAUCAAUUGCCUCCUCGAAGGGCUUAUGGUGGCGUGCGCAUCAGUUACGUUCCUAACGACGCAGUUGCGUGUGCGCGACGGCGGCAAGCUGGCCAUAAAUCGCCAGGCAGCAAAAAGAAUCAAAAUAUCGACGAGCGCGACAAGAAUUGUAUAAUAUCGUAAUCUUAUUCCUGAAUACUACCUUGAACUGUACAAAUUGAAGGAGGAUAUUUGAAACAUAAUCAUUUUUAUACGAAUUUUGUUAUUGAAUUGUGUAGUUAUAUUGUAAUAUUUAUUAAGCAUAUCUUGACAACGCGAUACAAUUGUAAAUAUGAGUAAUAUGUAAAUAAUGAGAACAUAGCAAUCACUAACAAUGAUAGGACAAUAUUGAGACUUCAUUGUGUUCUUGUAAUUUUGUACUAAACAUUUAGAAAUAGUUAUCGACUACUGAGUUAAUCUCUUCUCUGUUUUAUUCAAGUGAAUCUCGUUAUUUUAAAAAUUCAUAUGUUUGCCACUUGAUUAUUUAUGAAAAUAAAGGAAGUGCUAUAAAUAAUCAGUCAAGGUUCUACGCGUAACCGCAUUAUGGGGCUUUUGGUGCUAGUGAUGUUUUUAAAAAGUUACCAUUUUUGGUAGAGGGGUUGUAGAUAGAUCUACCUGGAUCUACCUAUAUUCUCGAUGCACCAGUCGUGUUAGUCCCGCCGGUGUGACCGCACGCGUUCCUCUUGCAAGCCUCGUGUGUGUCCUUGGUUGAAGUUCGGUGUCCAUCGAUAUUGCUAAUAAGAAAUACGUAUCGGUUUUUGUGUUGUGAAUUCGUGAUGCGGUGCACUCUACCUCUGGAAAAUUGGAUUUGUUCAACCGUCACAAUGCAGCAUCUACGGCAUGUACUUGCGGCAAACUGCGGGGGACGAUAGUUGUAGUUUGCCGUCGUUUCACUGGUAGUGAAAUAGUGAAUAGUGAAAUUAGUCAGUAUAUACAAUAGAAUUCUUAUCGUCUUUGCUCCACGCGUUUAUCAAUGUUAGUGUAAAGACAAGUUUCAUAUUGCGUUCAAAUCUUGCAUUAUCAGUUUGUUGCAGUCUACACAGGCUACAAAAAUUAAAUGAAUCAUUUAUUAAAUACUGGUUUGUUUCGUGUAUGGCUUUCGUUGUUUUCAAUUUCAUUGCAAUAUCAAUUUUGUUGCUUAUUUGAUAAAUGUGUUUUGAUUAUUUUUAAGUUGAUAAAUAUUUUCAAAGGUUAGAUGGCGCUACGAUGUACGGUUUUGCAUUAAACAUUGCUUGUUGGUGGUAGUGAGUGCACACUGUGUCCGUGUGGAUCACGCGAUUUCGCGCAAGAGAUAAGUUUGUUUACCUGCAGGUAUCGAAUCUUUAUUUCGUGGAAUCAAAACACACCGUUGCUGUUUAUUAUAUUAGUAUCGUACAUAGUAAAUAUUCUUCAAUUCUUUCAUGAAUAUAACUAACAAUUUUAUAUUAUUCUAAUAAAUUUUUAUUAUCAGCAGAUGAUUACGGACUAAUGUGUUACCUGGUAAACGAGAAACGAUACAUGUUCAAAUUAAUUAUCACUUAAAUAUUUAAUGUAAAAUCUGGCAAUCUGUCAGCAUAAGAAAUCAGAAUUACUCAAAUCGAAUUUUAAUUUUUUAUUACCUUUACUAAUCUAAAUUUCGAAACUACUGUAUCAUUUAUAGAUGGCAAUAGCAUGGACUAAAAAUUGUAAAAUAAACUUGUAUUGUUUA